GUUGACACAACGCUCGGUUUGACACCAGCUCACUCGUAUUUGACAGUGCUGAUGGGCAAUGAACAUGUACUCGCUCCUGGCUGCCAUUGCCAGUGAUUCUACCACGACAUCUAUUUAUUCGUGCCGAUAAUGGCUACUGUCCGAUCCCUUGGCCUCCACCAACCUUCGGCCAUACCUUUCCUUGCUGCAGAGGGCCUACUACCCCCCGACCCGUCCAACGAUCACUAUGCGUGGGCAUCUAGCGUCGAUAUAGGUCCAAAUGGCCCGGUUGAGGAUGAGAUCGUCUGGACGAAAGGCUGUGUGGUCUGGUCUAGAGCUGGGGUUGUGCAGAGGGUGUACCGGCUGGAUCUCGAAAAGGAGGAAGUUAGGCAUGCGCUUCUGACAAAUUUCUCAGUCGGCCAGGUUAAAAAAGCCAAGAGCAAUGCUUCGCAAGCGACUAAGGAAGGCCUUUCCCGAACGAGCAAUGACCCUGGUCGGAGUCGUGGUUUACAUGGCCAACAGAAUGGGGAAGAAUCGAGACUGGAAGCCUCCGGCGUGACCUUAAAUAUACGUGGUAGAGGUACCCAAGGAGUCAAUGACUCUGACUCGACCAGAGCGUUGGUUGUGGUCCUCAAGUCUCAAGCCCAUAUCUUCUUCCUAGCUGGAAACAGCCACGUCGUUCCGCUGCCCUUUGAGGUGGAUUCAAUAUUCGCGACCCCGAAGGGUCUUUUAUUUCAGAGAAAAAUGUACGAGGAGGACAAUAAGGACACGAGUCUCUGCCCAAUGGCGCCUCCAAACUCAUUUAUGUCAACCUUGCCUGCGACAGUGGACUUCCGUGCAUCACAGUCUCUAGAAGUCCCUUCCAGCAAGGGAAAAAGGCCGUCAUUGACGGUAUCUCCUGCUCCGGACACUAGUUCGAGAUCACCGCGUAAGCAGCCCGACUUACCUAGAGUGUUCUCCCUCAUGGACCCGUAUUCUGAGAUGGGCCUUGUUGUGACGAACCAGACCUCUCGCUUUUUACAAAGUAGUGUUACCAGCAGACCUUCUGGGCUGGAUGUUCUGAGUGCAGCGGAUGAGAUCAUAUAUGUCUCCCCCAGGGAUGAGCUCUUAGAGUCUAAUAGGAAUCUGAUUAGCGGCCCUCUAAUUUUCGUGGUGACCGUCAAUGUUAAUACUGGGCUGUACACUGUUUGGACAGCACGUUACAGGGAAGAUGAAGCCAACCCCUCGUCUAAAAAGAGGGGACGACGCGAGACAAGUGGUACCUGGUCAAAGCGACGUAGCUCACAUUUUGGAAUGGCAACGGGAACAACGACUCCUGGAGCUCGUCCAUCCGCUGCUAGAGAGAGCUUUGGUCCUAGGGGCGAUAACUGGAAUACACCAGGCCUGGCUCAUUCCCAGUACUCUACUGAUGGAAAGCCAGAUGAAGAAGAUCUUGCUUCUAAGUUAGGCCAAGAUUUUGGUGAUAUUGGAGUUCCCCUCAAGACUUCUCGACGGGUUAGCUCUCUACUUGCUCGAGCCGAUCUUGCAACUGGCCAGGAUAGGAUUACCUUUUCAGACCUUGCUACAGGAAGCCAAUCGAGUUCCAUGCCGCAUGGAAACCUCCGACAGUCAAUAGGUGCUGCAAGCAGUCGCGGAAGCUUCGGCUUUAAUCCUAGAGCUUCUCUACCGCCAGGAAAUGGCUCGGUUCAUAGUACUACUACCAGCUUCGCGGAUGCUCCAGUUGACAGGCUUCUGGAGGAGCUUAACAGUGAAAGUUUAUUUGAAGGGCUUGAUAACAUGGAUCUUAAAGAAUCAGCAUCAGGCCUUCCGGAGGAAGUUCUAUUGUCAAAGGUUGAGAGCUUCUCCUCUAAGUUCUCAGAAAACUUCCAGGCUCCAGCCAAGUCAAGGUCAUCCCGAAAGUCGAAAAUCAUUACAGUGUGCCCCUUAGAAGGUGCGAGCUCGCAGAACGGAAACUCGGCGGCUUUAGCUCUUUGUGUUGUUGAACAGGCCGCAAAGUCCAUGACUGUCGUAAAUCUACGAGCGGACAGGGUCUCUAUUCCGAAGAAAGAUUCGGUAUUUUCUAAGAGAAUCAAGAAAAGGAAAACCCCUGAUGAGCGUUCGCUACUCGUCCAGGCGACUAGCGUACAGCACUUCUCAGGCAUAAGUGAUGCUUGUAAGAUCACUGAUGGAGAGAUCUCACGAAUCAUGACCUUGAGCAUGGCAGAUGACGGACAGCAUGAGCUGCUUUUACAAACUCCCUGGAGCAGACCAAUCACUGUUGAUGUGCCGAAAAAACUUACGUUAUAUGAGCCGUACGGGAUUUCUGCUACUACGUCUGUAAACCGCCCAAGAGAGAGCGGUAUGAAUAGGCUUAUGACUGAUUCAUUCACAAUCACCGGCCUAGAUCACGCUACCAUUCGAGGGAGAGUUGACCUGAUUGACUCUGAAAAGCGGAAGCAUAGGCUACAAAUCCAGAUGGAACCUAGCAAUGAACUUGUGAAGAAUGUCUUCAGAAUCUGUCGAUUUGUCUUGCCGGACUCAGAGAAAGCCGGUGACGGAAUAUUAACGGCCUGGUGGGAAACAAUGAGAUGGCUUCGCGGAAGGGAAACCACCGAAAGCGACCUCGAGUGGACCGCGAUGGUAGUGGUAUUGUUCGCCAUGGCAAUUCCUUUCAUCGACCCUGACCACUCGCGGAUGCCUGCACAGCGCAGACGUAGAAAGAAAGCCCUGUUACGCUCAAGUAGCGGAAGCCACGUAGACUUGGAGAGCUGGGAAACGAUGUUAGACCAAGAGUCAGGAUCUGCCGGUGUUGUGCCAUCAUGGAGAAAUAACAGCGCUUGGGGGUGGAUCGUCGAUGAAGAUGCUGAAGAAGAACGCAAUGCUCCCUCCAGGAGAAAGUCUGUGAAGGUUGAGCAGACAGGCUCCAGCCGGUUAACACACCGCAAGAAUUCCUACUUGCUACGAUGUGCAGCUUUGACUCGCGAAUUCUUGCAGACCCCCAUGGGUAUUGCGGCUGUAGGCUCAGAUGGUCAUCUUCCAACAGCGCUCUCUUAUAGUCAAAACCUACGACAGACUGCCCUGUGCACGAUACUGGUCGGACUACAUCUCCUUCGAGAAGAGCAAAAGUUGUCGAUCUGCGAAAGUGAGGAGUCCCGCAAAACCUCGGGCCUCCUCGCUCCGGUCUUAGCCCAAAUCGGAGGGUGGUUAGGAUGGAAGUCCUGGACUUGGUCUGAACAUGCCUAUUAUGGCUUGGAGAUUGCAAGCAUCAAUCGCUGGCAGUUCGAAGAUACGCGGAUUUCAAUGCUGGAUGUACCCCAGGAGCAAUUUCCGCCCCCUUCAGUCUUCAGCUACCUGGAGACUGGAUGGCGUCAGUCCUCUUCUCCCUUUUUCACUCUGCUAAAUCUGGUAACGGGAUCAGAGUACACUCCGAGGAAGGGGAGGAUGUGGCAAGAAUGCUUUAUGCUCACGCCAAGGACAUUGGCAUUGGACGGUUUCUUCUCCGAAGUACAUAACAUCUCAACGCCUCUCGAUCGGAUAAAGCUUCUUCACCGCUGGGGCUUCACCAGAAGUAUUAUUGAGACAUUUCCAGAGGGCGUCAGUACACCUUUGUACGAAGCUAUUAUGCGAUCUCAAAUACAUGCCUCAACGUCUUGGAGCUCGACGCUUCUAGAGUUGGUAGAUCGCGAAGAUCUCAGCAUAUCGAUGCGUACUUAUAACCCAUGCACUCCAUCUGCAUGGCAGCCUGCCGUGUCACAUGAAGCGAUGCGCGACGUUCACCAUAUCGGUGUUUCCGCCUUGGACAUCGAUGCAAUCAACUCUUUCGAAGCAUCUGCCGAGGCGGAUAGAUUUUCUGUGACCAAACUGAUCUUCCGCGAGGACAAACGGUUCAUUGAAGCUGCUAGACUGUUGAAUCAAUCCAAAGCUCCUGUAGCAGAAUGUGUCCCGGAGCCCGAUUGGAACGAUUCGGAUUUACUGGAGGCACAGAAAGAAGUGGUUCAACUUGUUACGCUUCGAACGUUGUCCAUCCCUACCGGGCGAGCUAUGCUGGCAUUCAGUGGGCGGCUGCCUUUAUUAACUGAGAAGCUCCCAAUUCCUUCAUUCUCGCUUCAGUGUGUCAUGAAACCAUCGAAUGUAACGAUAAGUGCGGAUCGGACCUCUUUUAGUGAAGAGAAGGUUUGCUGGGCUUUCUUCCAUAAUGGCGUUUCUACGGGUCUCGCAAUAUCCAAGAAUUCCAAGGGUAUCGAUACCUCGUGGAUUCUUUUCAACAAGCCGCAGGAGCUUACAAAUCGGCACGCUGGCUUCUUGUUGGCCCUGGGUCUCAAUGGGCACUUAAAGUCUUUAGCGAAGUGGGUAGCUUUUAAGUACUUGACACCCAAGCAUACAAUGACCUCUAUAGGUCUAUUACUGGGUCUAUCAGCAUCGUACCUAGGCACGAUGGACACGUUAAUCACCCGUCUCUUGUCUGUUCAUGUGACGAGAAUGCUUCCUCUUGGUGCCGCCGAGCUGAACCUGUCGCCGCUAACCCAAACUGCGGGUAUCAUGGGGAUUGGCUUACUGUAUUGUGGCUCCCAGCACCGAAGAAUGAGCGAAGUGAUGUUAUCUGAGAUUGAGAACGUGGAUCAGGACGAAAGCUCCGCGGGGCAAGAGGAUUUGCGUGACGAAGGGUACCGCUUAGCUGCCGGAUUCGCGCUCGGGUUUAUAAACCUAGCAAAAGGAAAAGAUCUACGAGGAAUGCGGGACAUGCAUAUUGUGGAAAGACUAUUAACUGUGGCGGUUGGGACGAAGAACGUUGACUUGGCGCAUGUUCUUGACCGUGCCACUGCCGGUGCAACGAUCGCCCUGGCGAUUAUAUUCAUGAAGACGAAUGACGAAACUCUGGCCCAGAAGAUCAAUAUCCCUGACACAACAGUACGCUACGACUAUGUCCGACCAGAUUUGUUCCUGCUCCGUACACUUGCCAGGCAUGUCAUUAUGUGGGACAAUAUCCAGCCUAGUGACGAAUGGUUUGUUCAAAGCCUCCCAGGGAUCUACCGCCGCCGAUACCGUCUGACGGGCAUUCGUCGACUGAAAAGCGAAGAUAUGCCGUUUUUCAACAUCAUUGCCGGCCUUUGCUUUACGCUUGGGCUCCGCUAUGCUGGCUCUGCCCAGACGGCGGUGCGUGAUAUUCUACUCUCAUAUCUUGACCAGUUUAUCCGCAUCUGCAGACUUCCCGCUGUUAACUACGACGGAAAGCUUUCAAGGAAUUCCGUCCGCCACUGCCAGGACGUUGUGGCCCUCUCGGCGGCAACGGUAAUGGCAGGAACGGGGGACCUGGCGUUGUUUCGGCGCUUACGCUCCCUGCAUGGGCGUGUGGAUACUGAUACACCAUAUGGUAGUCAUAUGGCAGCACAUAUGGCGAUCGGGUUGCUUUUCUUGGGAGGAGGCAGUUAUACACUCGGCACAUCAGACCUGGCCAUAGCGUCGCUCAUCUGUUCUCUAUACCCGGUCUUUCCGACAUCAGUACUUGACAACAAAUGUCACUUGCAAGCAUUCCGGCAUUUAUGGGUUCUCGCGGCCGAGCCGCGCUGCUUCGUGCCGCGUGACAUAGAUUCUGGCCGACCCAUAUCCAUGCCGAUUAUAGUGACAAACAUUGGCGGCAGUACCCGGAAGAUUACCGCGCCCUGCCUCCUCCCCGAACUGGGGUCUGUCGCUAAGGUGGAAGUACGCAGUGCCGAUUACUGGCCCCUGGUUCUAGACUUUACACUUAACUCUGCUCUCCGAGAGAAAUUCCGACACGGUGACCAGUCAGUGUAUCUACGACGGAAAGCGACGUAUAACCCAACCGGCUCGUCUGCCUUUGUUUCGACAUUAUCAGGGCUCAGUGAAGCACAGGAUGUCCUUUCCUCGUCUACAUCCGCGUCAAACCAUGGCAAGGGACUACCACCGGCGGCGUGGCCGAACAUCGCUACACUACUCUCCGGCACUACCCCUCCCACUCCUCCGUCGUCGCAGUCGCAGAGUAUAUGGGAAUGGGUAUUUAAGCUCAAGUCGCUGCAGGGACUAGAUGUGCGAGAAAAGGCACUUGUCUUACCAUCAUCAUUCCCAACACACAUACGCACCCCAAGCACCAAUGUCAUUUCAUAUGCGCCAUGGUUACGGCAGUCGGCGGUUGACAGCAAGCUUGUGGUUGAGAACAUUGUGCAGAAUCUUGCGCAAAUUCAUCCUGACGAGAUUCGCGACCGCUUAUGGCAACUGCGGCUUCUGUUCAAUUGGGUCGACUCUUGUUCCGACAAACGGGUACAGGAAAUCGAAGAAGUUGAAACAUCAGAUGAUGCAACCCCAAGGAUAUCUGGCCAAUCGCAGGGACUUUGGCUACGGCAAGAUUUCGUGGAAGAGGCGCGCUGGAAGGUCUGGGGCGUUCAGACUGGUGAUUAUGCUUAAUGCAGUAUGCUCUGUAAUGCUUGGUUAUGUUGUUAUGCAUGAUAUGAUUCGGGACCUGAAUAGUUGUAGGAGUCGUCUCUCUCCUUGUCUUUUCUGUUUACCCCAUUUACGUUAUUGCUUCUCGUCAGGGUCGAUAUUUCUUUAUACCGUCUCGUCAGGAGU